GAUUGCGGGGUAUGUUUGGGGUAGGGGGGGCCUCGCUGGGCCAGGCAGCCAUAUGUACAUGGAGGGGAAAUCUCUGCCAAAUAUAUCAUGCUCCAGGUCGACCCAUCUUUUUGCCCCUGGUAUGAUGUGCCAAUUCUGCGCUUGUGUUAGCUGUGCGGCCUGAUAAUAGUGGGUGAGGUGUGGUAGGCCUAGACCACCUUGUUUGUUGGGUACGUAUAGGGUUUGUCUUUUUAUCCUGGCGCGUCUGUUUACCCAAAUAAAUUUAUCGAUCUUGGUUUGCAGCUGUUUGAAAUCUAUGGCGCGUAUUGGGAUUGGGAGGGUUUGGAACAGGUAUAAAAGUCGCGGCAAGGCAUUCAUUUUGACGGAAGCCAGCCGGCCAAGCCAUGAUAUCGGCAUGCUUUGCCAUCUUUCGAUGUCGUGGGUGAUACUUUGGAUCGUGGGUGUGUAGUUCAGGUCGUAGCAGAGGGAAAGGUCUGCUGGGAUGGUUAUGCCCAGGUAUUUUAGGUGGGUGAGUGUGAGGUCGAAUGGGUAUAUGUCAUGUAUAGCUGUUUUGGUGGUUGUGUCUAUGUGUAUCGGGAGGGCCUCCGUUUUGUCGAUGUUGAGCUUGUAUCCCGAGACCUCGGCGUAUGCUUUUAGGGCGUCUAGGAGUGGUGGUAGGGAUGUUGCUGGUUCUGUAAUUGUAAGGAGCAAGUCGUCUGCGUAUGCCGCCGUUUUAUAUUCUUCUUCACGUAUUUUCAUUCCCUUUAUGUCCCUAUUGAGUCUGAGGGAUUGUAGGAGUGGCUCUAGGGACAGUGCGAAGAGUACUGGGGAAAGUGGACACCCCUGGCGUGUACCGUUAUGGAUUGUGAAGGUCGGGGGGUGUGUGAGAGGGAGGAGGAGAUGUGCUUGUGGUGUGGUGUAGAGUACCUGUAGGGCAUUUAUAAAACUUCGCGGGAGUCCGAAUUUCUCUAGGGUGGCGAAUAGGAAGGGCCAUAACAGUCUGUCAAAUGCCUUUUCGGCGUCCAAUGAUAGGAAGAGAGUUGGGAUGCGUCUCGUGUGGGCUGUCCAAAUGAGGUUGUAUGUUCGUCUCGUGUUAUCGCUCGCCUGUCGUGAUGGUAUGAAGCCCACUUGGUCUGGGUGUAUUAGUUUGGGUAGGUUGUGGGGUUCUGAGCUCUCCAUGCAUCUAUGAGGCGUGUGCGGGAGAUGAAUGCCGAAAAGAGUUUGUCAGCUUUCGCUGUUGCUUGUCUUCUUUGCCUAUGUGGAUGCGAUCGGCGUCUGUCUACCGUGGGUGAUGGGGUAGCGUUAAAGUCGCCGCCUAUUAUGGAGUGGUGGGAGGGAAAGAGAGCUAGGUGUGCUUGUAUUGUCUGCCAGAAUGAGCUAGUUGGGGUGUUUGGCGCGUAUAGAGUGGUGAAGGCGUAGGAGUGUGUGCCUAUCUUGCCUGCGACUGUGAGGAAUCGGCCUUGUGGGUCCGCUACCGUCCGCUUUAUGGAGAGGGGGCAUGAUUUCUGUAGAACGAUGGCUACCCAGUUAUGUUUCUCUUGUGGAGAGCUGGCGAAGUGAUUUAUUUUAUAGUGUCGGCUCAGGAGGGGAAACUGUUUGGUUUGAUUGAAGUGUGUUUCCUGCAAGAGGAGUACGUCUGCUUUAGUUCUAUUUGCCCAUCUCAUAAGCUGGUGUCUUUUUGCGGGACUGUUCAGUCCUUUGCAGUUGAUUGAUAGGCAGGUCAGAGUGGCUGGCAUGCUGGUUGGUGCGACGCUGGCCUUUGCGUACGCGUUGUCUUCUUGUGUGGGGUUGCUUUAGUGUGUGGUAUGUGGGGGAGUUGUAGGUAGGGUGGGGGGGUUGGGGUGGGGUGAUGGCGAUAAGUGCCGAUGUGAGGAGGUGUGUGUGUGGUGUGGGAGGGGUUGUACCAGUAUAACUGGUAUGUGGGGGUGUCAGGUGGGGCCUGGUCUUACAGGUCAGUUGCCAGGCGUCUGGUGGGCGGUGUGAGUCGCGUUCGAAGGUGGUCAAGUUUAGUGUGUGUUGGAGUGUGGGUGCUUAUAUGUUUUGGUGUGUUUCAAAUGUGGAUAGUGGUAUGUGGUCGUUGGAGUUUGUGGGGAGGAAAGUGGAGUGACUGUGUGACGCUCUCUCUUCUACCCCGGGUGUGUGGUGUCUGCUCCGUGGGUGUGGUGCAUUUGGAGGGGUUUUAUGUGGUUUUGCUCUGUGUUGGUACCUGGUUGUUGCUAGAGUUUGUAUGCUUGAUGUAGAUCUGGGGCUUUUGCGUUUGUUUGUGUGCUGUUGAGUUGUCCGGUGUGGGAUCUGUUAUGCUAGUGUCUGAUUGUGGGGUUUUGUUCGUGGUAGAUUUCGGUGCUUGUCUUUAUUCUUCUGGUGUUGGUCGUCUUGUGUGUGGUUGUAUUGCGGCAGUUUGAUGCUCGUGUGUUUGCAUGCGUUGUGGCGUGUUUGUAGUCGAGGCUGGUGGGUAUUGUUGACUAACCUGUCCGCGUCUGUUGGCCCUUGUGGUCCAGUAUGUGGGCUGGUGUUCUGUCGUCAGGCUGCCAGGAUUCGUUUGGGGAGGUGAUGGGAUACUUGUGUCGUAACUUUAACAGAAAUAAACAACAUGUUAUCCAACAUCCAUGAACUUCAAAAAACUUGGCUCUUGGUGGCCUUUCAUCGUGUGCCCAGGGUUGGUGUGUUAGGUCAGUUUUGGUUGCGAUGGGGGGCCUCGCUCUGUGUGUGCUAAUGACAUGCGACGGCUCCCUUUGUCCCCCAUCUUUCUGGCCCCUGUGUUCCCCGGGUAUGGUUUGUGCGUGUUGUGUUCCGGGUUUAGCUAUUGCUAUGGGUUUCCACUGUUUAGUGGGGUUUUUCGUGCCCUUCUCGGUUACCCCCUGUUUUCAUUUUGGGAGUGUAGUCUUGAGCCUUAAACUCUGGUUGGUGUGGUGUAAGGUUUCCUAACGUUGCGUUUGGCUGUGAGACCCCCUCCCUUUUCUGCCUUUAGGGCUUGGGACCCUCUGGGCAUCGGUGGUUGUUAGCGAGUGUCGUUUGCAGGGCCUGGACUUAAUCUCUGAUGUUUAGUCUGGGUUUCAUGUUUGUGCCUGUGUUGUGGCUCCCGCUAGUCUGUGGUGUGUUAUGAGAGUCAGGGCUUCGGGUGGGUAUUUUGAGGGGGUUGGUUUUGCAUUGUGUCCCGUGCCCUCUGCCCGAUACCCAGCGCUCCCCUGCUUGUAGGAUUCAGUGCCCUCUGCAUCUCAGGUGUAAUUUGUGAGGUUUUUUUGUUCUGUCUAUCUGUCUCUGGUUUGCUCGUCUGCAUAACAGAGCGUAGUGUGUGCUAGCUGUUCUCGGUAGUCUGCGCAUCUUGUGCUUGAUGCGGGGUUGCUGCUGAAGUUCAUUGGUGCGGUUAGCUUUUGGUGUUUGGUUUAGGGGGGGUGUUUGCCCUGCAUUUUGCGGGUGCUGGUCUUGUUGUUUGGAAAGUGUACCCUGCGUUUGUGUGCCUUUCAGCGUUUUAGCCUUGUCUGGUACCUAUCAGUGUGACUUCAUACUAGAGGUGCAUAUUUCCGGCUAUCCGGCUAUUCUUUUAGGGUGUAAGUGCUCUGGUCACAGUGUGGGGGUCUAGUCCCUUGACGGCUCCCUAAGUGGGUUUGCUGCUCUGCGUUUUGCAGGGGUGGUGCCCACCUCCCCCCCAUCCCCCCGAGCCUUAGGUGGUCCCUGUAGUGGCAAACUUACUGAACUGGUCUAACAUAAACAGUAACAAAUCAUUAACCCCAUAUUGGGGCGUAACAUCAUGUAACAACAUAUAUACUACCGGCUGUGCAGUGGUUUUUAGCGUCCGUUUACCCGGUUUUUGGCGUAAAUGCCGAAAUUCAGGGAUGGUUUAUGGUAGAGUCCUGUGCGCAUCGAGCGCUGCCGUUCAGGUGUCCCUGUGUGGGUGCUCUUGCGAGGCCGUCGGGGCUUUCUUCUUCGGCUGCGUGUGCGCCAUGUUUGCGCGGGAAUCACUUCGGCGGCCUGAACCUUCGUUUACGGUGAGUUGAGGGUCUGCCGUCGGGUAUCAAAACAUAUAUUUUAAAAAUGUAUCAAUAGUGACAUUGUAGCACUAUUAUCUGUCAUAAAUCUCUGAAUAACACCCCACAUGUACAUAUGUACAGACUUUUUUAGUAGACACUUAGUCGCAAACACUGGCCAAAGUUAGCGUUCAUAUUUGUUUGUGUGUGUAAAAAGUAAAAAACUAAACUGAACGCUAAUUUUGGCCAGUGUUUGUGACUAAGUGGUUACUAAAAAAGACUGGACAUACCCCAUUUGCAAUAACUUGGGUUGUCUUCUUUUGCAAAUGGUAUGCCAUCAUGGGGGUAAUUCUCAUUCCUGGGCUACCAUACGCUCUCAAAGGCAACGUAACCAACCUGGCCAUUUUGAAUGUAAAAAUAUUUGACCCAUAUAUUUGACCCUGUAACUUUCAAAAACGCUAUAAAACCUGUACAUGGGGGGUACUGUUAUACUCAGGAUACUUUGCUGAACACAAAUAUUAGUAUUUCAAAACUGGAAAAUGUAUCACAGCAAUUAUAUCAUCAGUAAAAGUGCUGUUUGUGUGUGAAAAAUGCAAAUAAAGUCACUUUCACUGACAAUAUCAUCGCUGUGAUAUGUUUUACUGUUUUGAAUCACUAAUAUUUGUGUUCAGCAAAGUCUCCCGAGUAAAAUAGUACCCCCCCAUGUACAGGUUUUAGGGUGUCGUAGAACGUUACAGGGUAAAAUACAGUGCUAGCAAAUAAAAUUUUCUAGACUUUCAGGCAGGGUUGGCAGGCAGGUCCCUCAAAUUGCAAUCAAUAAAAUUACUUAAUUAUGUAAAAAUAUUACAUAAAUACGCAUGUAGAAUUUAAAUAUAUAUGCAUAUUUAUAUAUUUGAAGUCUACGUGUAUAUUUAUAUAAUUAUUUAUGUAAUUUUGUAUAUGGACAUAUGUAUAUUUCGUAUUAUUUUUAUUUAUUUAUAUAUACAUAGAUAUAUAUACAAUUUCAUUCUAAGUGUAUUUUGAUAUAAAUAUAUAUAUAUUAAUAUCAAAAUACAGUUAGAAUAAAAUUUCAUAUAGAUAUAUAAUUUAAAAAAAAUAUAUUAUUUUUAAAUUUUUUAUUUAAUUUAAAUUACUUAUUAUUUGUAUUUUAUAAUAAUAUUUAUAUACAAUAUAUAUAGUUAUUAUAUAUAAUAUAUAUAUAUAAGUGUGUAAUUUAAUGUACAUAUUAAUAUAAAAAUACACUUAGUAUGACAUUAUAUAUAUGAUAUAUAGACAUAUAUUAUAUAGAUAUAAUAAAUGUCUAUAUAUCAUAUUUAUAUACACAUAUAUACAUUUUUUUUUUACUUAACAUUAACUUUUUUAAAAAAAAAUUUAUUUUACAGUUGCAGGGAGUCUGCCUGUCAGCACAGGCAGUCCCCCUGCAGGGAGACACAUGGACACCUAUUGUGACCAUGUGAUCACUUUGUAGAGCGAUCACAUGGCCACAGGGGUCCUAAUCCGCCACGGGGAGACUGUCUGGGCUGCAGGCAGUCUCCCCACAACGGGAGCAACGCCGAUCGCCGCCAGGUAAUCGGGUAAGUAAAUAAGACCGUUAGGACGGUUCAGGACCGUCACCGGUCGGCAAUGUAAAAAUGCCGAUGACGGUCCUGAACCGUCCUCGGUCCUUAAGGGGUUAAGACAAUAAAUGGUGUUAGUAAAAUUUAUGGAGGUGAACUCUCUUGGUCUGAGAAAACCAUAAAUGCCAGGUAGAUAGCUGUUUUUAUGACCUGGUUGGUAUGAUAUGAGUCCAACAGAUUGGAUAGGGAUUGCAAUUAAUGGCUGUUAAUGGGAAGUCUUUUUGGUGGUCGAGAGGUGCUUGAUUUUUGGAUACCUUUUAGGAUGGUUUUUAUCUCGUAUGAAGAUAAAAAAAACUUGGUUUAUUGGGUAAUUGAUUGAGCACGUGAUGUAUUUCUGUUAUAUAUAACUUUAUAGUAUUGUAUGAUAAUUUUAGUCUAAUGUGGCAAAAAAAAGCAAAACCCACCAAAGAUUCCAUAGCGAAUGCAUCAGAUAUUUGAUGUUCUGAGAGAAACCUGGUGAAUAAUUGGAAUGCCCUAUCAUAUGACCAUUUAGUACUGUCACAAAGUGCCAGUUGAUUGAGUUCCUGUCUGUGUGCUAAAAGAUCAUUUAGUCCAUUGUCAUGUCCUGAAACAGAGGGGCGGAUGUAGCUAGCCGGUAGGCAGUAGGGAGGCACAGUAAAAUGCUUGAAUAUGAAACCAAGAUAAAUUAUCAGCAGUGACAUUUUGUGACAUUUUGUACACCAGGAACAUGAAUACACACCAAGAAAAACUAAUUACAAGUGGCUAGCCACGUCAAUCUCCUGAGGAAUCUCAUUAUGAUCAGUGAUGAUGAGUGCUCCUUGUUUAUUAUGUGGUUGUUUGAGAAACAUUUCACCAUCUGACCUGACCAUAAUUUACUCCAUGCCACCCCGGCAGCAACUAUAGGAUACAGUAUAAAAGGAGCAGAGGUAAGGGAAAAACCUUCUAUGUUGGUAGCUUCUGCUGGCCAACUGCCCCAAAAACAAGCAUUAUCACACAGAGCCAUAAAGCCAGUGGUGGCUGCUGCAUCAGUCCAGAUGGUUGGUGAGUUGUGAGAAAUUUGAGGGAUAAGCAUGUUUUUCUCGUUCCAUGUUAUUAGAAACUUCCGCCACAUGAACAGAUCUGCUGUAGCUUGGGGGUCUAAUGUAAUGCAGCUAUCAUCAGUAUGGAGACCGGGGAACAGGCAGAGGAGUCUUGAAAUAAAAGACCCGCCUUGCAAGAUAAUCCUCAUAGCAAAAUUGAGUGAUCCUAAGAGUGAUUGCAGUCCUUUGCGACUGCACGAACCUAAUCGUAUGUACUGGUCGAUAUUCGUUAGGAUACGGUCAGUUUUGUCCCUGUGGAAGCUGGAUUGCAUAGCUAUUGAGUCAAGUUGUAUACCUAAAAGAUGUAUUAAUGUAUGGGGUCCCUCCAUUUUUGCCCAAGUUACAGAAACACGCAAUAGCUCGAAAAGUUUCAUGGCUUCUUGUAGACUACGUGGGGGGUGAGUUUUGUUUUCAAUCGUGAGGAAGUCAUCCAGGUAGUGAAAGACUGUGGGGCAUCUACACACGUUAAGCAACAACCAGCAUGAUGUUUCUGCAAAGAUGUCAAAAAUGCUCUUAGAACCAAAGGUGAGCCGGGAGAAAAAGUAUAAUAGACCUCUCCACUUAACGUCAUGCAGAUGCCAGAGUAAUAGGUGAAUGGUGAGAAGUUUGAAGGCAUUUACUAUGUCAGUUUUACCGAGCCAAGUUCUUUCACUGGCCGAGAGAAUAGCAUUGAUGGCAUUAUCUAUGGUAGCAUACUAAUGGGAAAAUUCAUCUGAGGGAAUCAGGGCAUUUCAACUGGGAACUGUAGUGGAAUGGGGAAAAGAAAGGUUAACAAUCAAUCUUUGCUUAUGGGAGUUUUUCCUGUAUCACUUCCAUGAUAAAAAAAAGGUGGAGACUGAAAUGGACCCAAUGGAAAACCUUGAUCUACUUAUUGAUGUAAUAAUGUGUUUACAGCCACUGGAUAUAAUAAGGCUGUUCGUAAAUGUUUGCAUUCAACUGUGCCUGAUCGCAUGUAGAUGCCAGUGUGGAAACCUUUAGAAAAACCUGUCACUAGGAAAUCCACCAAAUAUGGCAACGGAUGAUUAGACAACAUGUUAGAUAAAGCCACCACAUUUACCAAGGGCAAGUACGGUGUGGGAAACAUAUUAUUAGGACACAUAGUCUUUGCGUGAGCUCUAUAGCAUUGUGAACAAAUGUUCAGAAGCCUGCAAGCUCUAAAACGCCAAGCAUUAUAAUUGUUACAAAUUUAGGAUUUACUCGAGAAAACAGCUCAAUUUAUCUUUAAUAAUCUUGAAUGUUUUGGCAAGUGAGAUGGGGGAUGGACAGGUUGGGAGAAACCUCAGAAGUGUUAGGACAAAGGUUGGUUGUGUGGGAAGUUGACGUACAAAUUGCACAGGUUGAUUUCCUGAGGCCAGCAAAGUAUCUGCAAAAAAGAUUGGUGUUCAGUUGGCUCUAGUCCGUCUUUAUGUUGAACGAGCCAACUUUCCGCAUGGGCACCCUGGGCAGUUGCCCAGGGGCCCCACAAGCAUGGGGGUCCCAGAGCGAUGCCCAUGUGCCCAGGCUGACAGGGGAGAUCUUUUGAUCUCCCCUGCCGGCCCGCAGACAGCCGACCCUGCUUACUUGCUUAGGCCCCUCUCAGGCUGGUUGGGAGAUCAAAGAUCUCCCUCUCUGGCCCAAAGGCCCUUCGUUGGUGAGAGGGAGGAAGAUAGGACCCAGGGCUGCAGGAGAGAGAGGACCUGAGAGGCGGUUCCUUCCGCGAGCAUGCUGGUCUGUGUGUUGCUACGGGUUGCCGUGGAAAUGCUCCGACACAACAUUUGGCUCGCAGGAGGAGUGAACAUAGCCUGCGGCCAGAGGAGCUGCAGGCUGUAGGUCUAUACUGUAGUACUCACCACCGGACCACCAGGGCUGGCUGUGUCCCCCCUUCUUUACCUAAGGAGGACAUGAAACUUUAAUAAACAAAUUUAUUUUAAAUAAAAAUAACAAAAAUCCCUAUGCACCCCACACUUACUGUGUGUGCACUCAGCAGUCUGUGUGUAUGUACUCAGCAGUCUGUGUGUUUGUGUACUCAGCAGUCUGUGUGCAUUCAGCAGUCUGUGUGUAUUCUGCAUUCUGUGUGUGUGUAUUCAGCAGUCUGUGUGUGUGUAUUUAACAUUCCAUGUGUGUGUAUUCAGCAGUCAGCGUGUGUGUAUUUGUAUUGUAUGAAUGUAUUGACUUUCUUGGAGGUACCAAUAAAUAUAAGCUUAAUUUUAUCGAUAACUUACAUUUUUUUUUCUGUGAGUGGUUGUGUAGGCAGGGCCUCCGGGCAUUUCUUUGCCUGGGGGCCCAAAAUGUUGUUAAGAUGGCACUGAACUGAGUGAGAGCAGCAGACACCUUUGCAGAAAAAGACCGGUGGUAGUUAGAAAACACUGAACCCCCAUGUUUGUGCCCCAAGUCCACCAUCUUGUGCAAAUAAAGGUAAAAUUCAUCUCUCAGCAAUCUGGGGGACAGGGGGAUGGAGGGGGGACAAAGAGACAUACAGAAGGGAAGGGGCACAAAAUGACAAACAAUGCUGGGCUGGGGGAGAAAGAGGGAAGGGGAACAAAAUGUAUGCACAUGAGUUUAUGCCAAAGAGCUAAUUGACAAGUGAGAGAAAGACCUCUUAUUAAAUAGAUUUUCCUUUCAAUAUACAAUCUUGCUAACACAACGUACAGAUAUAUGUAAUUGAUGUGAUUCUGAUGGUAAUACACAUACACACACACACACAUAUAUAUAUGCAUGUAUAUUAAUGUGUGUACUAGUAAUAUAUAUAUCAUGAUGCCUAUAAUAUUUACACAUAUAUUAAUAUACUUUUAUAUAUGCAUAAUACAAACAGAAAUGCCAUAAAUAUAUAACAUUUGUAAUGAGCAUGUAUUGGCCCAGUUUUGUUGCUAGGUGCACACUCCAGCGCAAUAACAAAUUAAAAGUGAAGAGGUAACUUCAAAAUAAACAAGAUAACUUUAUUUUUUACAGCUCUGUAACCGCAUACAUUCACAAUUUCAGUCCCAUUACCAAACUUCCCUUAAUAUGUCAAGGUAGUUGGACUGAAACAUUGAAUAUAUGCAAACGCACGUCUGCUUAAAAUAAAGGCACUCUUUUGUUUAUUUUGAAGCCCUAUGAGUGCCUUCUUUUGUUGGAGUAAUAGUUUUCAAUUUUAAGUUAUCUUUUCCAUCUCUAUAUCAGCAAUUUUUUUCCAGGGCUGCUUUUAGAUUCCAGUCCGGGGGCCUAGACCGUGAUCUGUGUAAGAGGCCCCAAAAAAUGGAGCUGCUUCCUGUUUGUUUAUUUUUGUGAGCACUGCCUCAAGAGAGCCUGUUUUAACACCAGACCAGUGGAGCCUUUUGUUCUCAUCUGGUGGUAAGUGGGCAAUCCAGUAUAUUAUUAGUGGCACUAAUCUCUAAUUUAUCUCACAUUAAAGGUCCACUAUAGUCACCAGAACUUAAUGUAGUGGAUUUGGUGUCUAUAACCUGUCACUGAGGCUUUUUAAUGUAAACACACUGCCUUUUCAGAGAAAAGACACUGUGUGCAGCACUGGCGUUGGCUCCAAUGGGUGGGGCAUUGUGAUGUCCAAUGGUGGGCAGAGCAAAUGGGGCGGUGGCGGGAAAUUUUUGCCCUGCACCUUAGCCACAUCUGGUUUUAGAUAGGGCAGGGCUGGAUGUGAGCUAUAUAUUUCAGAUAAAAGUGUUAGGAUUUGGCAAUUUACUAGACAUGAGGGGUGAAGGACAAGUUGGAGUCAAAGACAAUAAGCUUGUCAGGUUCACGUGAUGAAACCAAAAGUUUAGAAAAGCUAGUAUUCCCAAAGGGAGCUAGCGAGAUUGUGUCUGGGACGCCCUGAUAGGGGAUAACCCUCACAAUUGUGUCCCUGUGGUCAGGGGCGUAUUAGCCGCGAGGCUAACAAGGCAUUUGCCUUGGGCGGCAUUUUCCAGGGGGCGGCAAAAAAAGCCGCCCCCCAAAUGCCCAGGGCAAAUGCAUUGUUAGCCUCGCGGCUAACUGACAUGCCGGGCUGGGCGGGCGGCGCUGGGCGGGCGGCUAGCGAGGGAGCUCUUCCUCUGAGCGGUCUGCUCAGCUCCCUCGCGCGCCGCAGAGUGAGGCUGGGAGCCGGAAUAUGACAUCAUGACGCCCAGCGCCGCCCGCCCAGCCCGGCAUGUCAGUCAGCCACUGCACCCCCAGGGAGAGAGGGACCCUUCCCUCCCCCCAGCAUUCCCAAAGGUAAGGAGGCUGGGGGUGGGGGGGGGUUAAAUAAAGAAAAAUGUUAAUGUGAGUGAGUGUGUGUCUGUUAGUGUGUGCCUGUUAGUGCGUGUCUGUUAGUGUGUAUCUGUUAGUGUGUGUGUGCCUGUUAGUGUGUGUCUGUUAGUGUGUGUGUCUGUUAGUGUGUGUGUUAGUGAUUUUGAGUGUGUCUUAGUGUGUGUGUCUGUUAGUGUGUGUGUCAGUGUGUGUGAGUGUGUCUGUUAGUGUGUAUGUGUGUCUUAGUGUGUGUGUCUGUUAGUGUGUGUGUGUGUCUGUUAGUGUGUGUCUGUUAGUGAGUGUGUGUCUGUUAGUGUGUGUGUGUAUGUGUUUCUUUUAGUGUGAGUGUGUUUGCCUGUGAGUGUGUGUGUGUCUGACUGUGUGUGUGUGUCUUAGUGUGAGUGUAUUUGCCUGUGAGUGUUUGUGUCUGUUAGUGAGUGUGUGUGUGUGUCUGCUAGUGAGUGAGUGUGUGUCUGUGUGUGUCUGUUAGUGAGUGUGUGUUUGUUAGUGAGUGUGAGUGUGUCUGUUAGUGUGUGUGUUUCUGUUAGCUAGUGUAUGCGUAUCUGUCAGUGAAUGUGUGUGUGUGUGUAUUUAGAAGGCGGCGCGGGGGGAAGGGUUGGGUGGGAGUGGCGCGUGGGGGGAGAGAGGGGCGUCUGAGUUUUGUCAUGCGUAGGGCAGCACAAAACCAGGAUACACCAUACCUCCUAAGCACCUUGAUUUGAAAGAGACAGUCACUAUUUUUGGAUAUAUCCCCACUGUGCCUACUUUGUUCCUUGGUGUCCUGCUUUUGGGGACAUCAGAUAAUUGUCUCCAGAAGCGUAUCAUGAGUGCUACACUAACAGCACUAGUACCUUGCAGAAAGCACUAUUCAAGUUAUCUGCAUUGCCCAUAAUUAGUGGGGCAGCCUACUUUAUUGGCAUGCAGCCUGGUGUACAUUCACGCCAGGCUGACCUACCAAUGCUUCAGGUACUUACUCUUUCCAGUGCCCAUUAUGUUAAUCAUGUCAUUGGCUCGUCCCUUGUAUACCAUUUCAUGAGACGCCACUGUUGGGACGUAUGAUGUUUGCAGACACAUGUAGAUACACAAUGGGGUCUAGGUCAAUGAAGUCCAAAUGGGGCAAAACCAUUCAGCGCAGUACGGGGCCAUUUGUACUGAAAAUCUGUACAUUAUUCACACUAUUUAACAAUGUCCAGAUUUUGCUAAACAGUCUCUAACUUAGUUUGGUCUGGUUUUCAACUGGACCAAUAGCUGCAAGACAGCUGAAUUCUGGACCCAGAUGGUUAAAAUUCAGGCCCAGGUCUGGGACUGAUCAUUGUCAAGGCCAACGUCCUGGAUAAAACACGACGCAUCCACAUGUACAUCACAAAGAUGGUUCCCAAAGGGAAUGCCUGAGACUUCAACAGAUACAGGAUGCAGAAAAGGAGGAGGUUCCAUGGCAAGACAAAUUAGUUGUGUACCACCGGCAGACAGUGGAUGUGGCUCACAUGACAAAAUCCUACCAGUGGUUAGAAAAGGCAGAACUGAAAGACAGCACUGAGGCAUUAACCCUAGCAGCACAAGAACAGGCACUCAGCACCAGAUUAUUAGAAGUGGGGAUCAACCACGCCAGGCAAGAUUCAAGGUGCAGACUGUGCAAGGAGGCCUCUGAAACAAUCCAACACAUAGUGGCCGGUUGCAAGAUGUUAGCAGGAACAGGACACACUGAGAGGCACAACCAAGUUGCUGGGAUUGUGUACCGGGACAUCUGCACAGGAUAUAGGCUGGACCUUCCUAAGUCCAGAUGGGAGAUACCACAAAGGGUAGAUGAGAACGAUAGGCCCAAGAUCUGCGGUGUUAAGACACCCCUGGUGUCUUUAAGAGAAACCGCCGUUUAGUUAACCUUCCCCCCACAAUAUCAAUAACUCCGUUCGCAUAGACUGCGGUAUACGAACCACCAUCAGGGGAAGCGGUAAUCUCCCGAACGAGAUCUGUGGAAGGCUCCAAACUCCCGAACAGAAAUCCACGAACCGCCGCUAACCGCCGAACAAAGAUAUCCACCAAGCGGCUUUCGGUUCCAGCAAUCAGUCUCUAGUCGUCGGUAAUAAAUCCCCCCAAUAACGAGACAAAGCUCCGCAUUGAGGUUCAAACAGGAUCUGGCUUUACUGUGGGCUUCCCGCCCGUAUUUAUGCAGGUCUCCCACUUGAUGAACACUCCCCUAGGGGACCAAAUGGGAGACUGUAAUGACAGAUAGACAUGGGGACAUUUCAGACAUACAGAUGUAAACUUUUCCCACAAUGCAAUAUGGUUUCCUCCCCUCUGCCCUGGAGAUAAUUGAGAAGUAAUUCAAUUAUCUCCAGGACAAAGACAAAUCGCCAUCUUAAAUAAAAUGCCAGAAAACACACAAAAAUAUAUAAUUCCACAACUACCGAACAUUUCACAUUCGUAUCACAUAUCCCCAGAUAGCCUGGAUCUGAGGGCAUAUUAUUAGCGAAUAGUGCUCAGAUCCCAUACGCAUAGUUCAAUCGCCAUGGAGUCAAAGUUCUUACAGUCUUUUGGUAUGCGAUUGACUCCAUGGGAAGGCUAUCUGGGUUAAGUCUUUUCGUGUGAUUUCAAACUCCCGAACGGCCGGUGUUCGCAUGCUUUCGUCGAUGGAGCAGGGCGACCCGUUGUUUCAGCGGUGUUCGGCAGAAAAAGUGUCCGUUUUUAGUUCCAUGAAACUUUCGUGUGAGCUAAAAUGGCCACUGCCUCGUUUCUAUAGAAACAGCCAUUUCCACGAAAGGAGGGCAAAACAGACAAAUCCACCACGCAUAGGCAUACAGAUGGUUCUGUCACAUGCGGGACUUUCAGAUCCAGACAGACAAGCAAGUACUGGCUAACCAACCUGACAUUGUGGUGGUAGACAAGGAAUGGAAGACUGCAGUAGUGGUGGAUGUAGCAGUACCCAGUGACUAUAACAUCAGGAAGAAAGAACAUGAAAAGAUUGAUAAAUACCAAGGACUGAAGGAAGAUCUAGAAAGGAUGUGGAAAGUCAAGGUAGUAGUAGUUCCAGUUGUGAUAGUAGCACUCGGGGCUGUGACUCCCAAGUUGGGGGUAUGGGUUCAACAGAUUUCAGAUGGGACAUCUGAGAUCGCUGUCCAGAAGAGUGCAAUUCUAGGAACAGCUAAGAUACUGCGCACAACCAUCAAACUCCCAGGCCUCUGGCAGAGGACCCGAGAAUGAGGAAUAAACAUACCACCCAGGAGAGGUGAGAAAAUCAAUUUUUUAAUAUAUAUAAACGCAAAUUGGGAAUGUUGGGCCUGGGCCCCCUAGGACCACCGGGCUUGUGACAACUGUUACAAUUGUCACGCCCUGAUGGCCCUGCACAUAAUAUUCCUCCUUACACACAGUGCAACCCACAAACACACUGUACACUCCCACAGACACAUAGUACACCCUCUAUCACACACAGUACACCCCCAAACAGUACACCACCAAACACACUAAAUACACCAACACACACGCAGUACACCCCGCACACACAUCACACACACAACACCCUCAAACACUCUGCACAUACCCCCACACAAACAGUAUACUCCCAACAUACAGAGUACACUCCCCACACAGCACUCCCAUACACAGUACACACACAGUAUACCUCCACACACACACUUCACUCCUAUACACACUAUAACUCAAAUACACACAUUAUUAUUAUUAUUAUUAUUAUUAAUGGUAUUUAUAUAGCAACAAUGUAUUCCAUAACACUUUACAAUAUUAUAUUAUGAAAGGGGGUAAUUUAACAAUAAAUUAGACAAUUACAAAUUAAUACAGGAACAGGUAUAUGAGGACCCUGCUAAAAUAAGCUUAAACCCCUGUACACAAACAAUGCCCCUAUAGAAUUGCUAUACAUACACAUAGAAUGAAGGCCCUAUACACAUACAUACACACUAAAGAUCCUAGAUACACAAACACAAUGCAACCCCAAUACUCAUACACACAGCAGCUACUAGUUACACAACAUACACACACACACAAUACAACUCCAAUACACGUACAUUAACAGACUGCAUCCCGUAUGUAGCGGACUAGCCCCUGUACAAGAGUCUGCCCCGGUUUCCUGGAGGGGGCUGCUUGCUCGCCGCCUGCCCAGUGAUUAUGGUCCCGGGAAGAUGGGACCCUUUAAACACAAUGGCUAGGCAUAAUGGAGGUUGGCAUGGCACUGCUGGCCCUUUUGAGAGCCAGCCAAGGACAUAUGGAAUAGCAGAGACAUUGGACUGUACAGCGGAUUCAUUAUUACUUUGCUAUUUAACUACUAAGACUUCCAUAUGGAUUUGUCAUAAGGCUUUCAUGUGGAUUUAAAAAGCAUUCGUUUGAAUGUUCACCUAAAACUGUACUGACUCCCUGCAUUCGGUAUAUGAACUAAAUCUACCGAACACCGGACCACCCUGAUGCUUCAAUCUACCUCCCUGUUCGUCUAAUACAUUCUUAUUGAAACCCGGGAACGCUUUGUUCAAGUCCCUGGGUGGCCGCCAUUUCGGGAGUUUAACACGUGGCAGCGGCCAUCUUAAACUCCCAAACACGGUGUUUUGCCGUCGAAUGUCUGGAAUAAAAUCAGACACUCGACUAGGCAAACACUGCUGAGACCUCCAGACUUCCAUAAAUUUGUGCCGAAACUACCAAACGAGCCGCCGUUCAGUAGAAAGACUAAUGCAAACAUGGGGAUUCACACGAACACCAAUAUAGCCAUGGAUGACAAACAUUUCGUGACUUUUAUUCCGCGAACGGAGACCGACCGCAAGGCCAAAACUUUUUUCGGCUACUGUUGCCUGUGCGGUCGGUCAAAACUUUAAACCCCCAUAACUCCCGAACCCUUGGUCCGAUUUGGGUGAUUUUUGAAUAUGUUAUUCACCCAGAGCAGGGCUAUCACAUUUAGGGGUGUACCCUAUGUAUUUGGGGUACAUCUAGAACUUGGGGAAAAAUAUGAACAUUUUAAUUCUGUUAACAGAUAAGCUGAUUUGAGGAGAUGUGUCGGUUGUACCUUGUACUUUAUUGGUUAAUGUACUAAUUAUUGUGGGUGGCUCCCUUGCACGGGAGCAUUGCAUAAAAGCAGGGUUUGUGUGAAUAAAAGUGAGUUCAGUUCUGCUCCUGAUACUGUGUGUCGUCCAGUUAUUGGGAAAGGUGAUGGGAUAUUAUUGGAUUGUAUUGCUGAUCGUGCUUGCUACGCUGUUGGAUUAUUCUAUUACUGUGGAUAUUUCUCCUGGGGUUACUACUUGUUCCUGAGCCACACCUGGACUACCAGCGGAAAUAGUCUGUGAGAGACCAGCGUUCCACUACACCGUAGAUACACACUCUACAGGCCAUAUACACACACACUAGAGCCACAUUUAGUACACCACGAACAGACCUUUCUACACACUUCAGCUCUCCGAGUAAGCUGCUUAAGUAAGUGGUUCAGCUCAUAAUAGAAUGGAGCUACUAACUGAUACUGGCAGCAGUGCCUGGCUGGUAUCGUCCAUAGGACUCCAUGGAAGCUUGCAAAACCCUAUGGAUGAUGACAUAAGCAGAGUCACACAGACACAUUAACAUUUUUAUUUCUUGAGUGAAAGUGGUGGAAGUGUUGGGUGAGUUCCCACAAUUUUUUCCCAGGACUUGGACCCCUUGUAUUACAGAUUAUUUGAGGCAGUAAAAUUCAUCCUCUCAUUUUGUUUGUCCGUUCCUUUGUGAAUUCUGUGUCGACCGGAAAUCAUUUGUCAUAUCUGUCCACUACAAAUGGAAACUAUGUGAGAUAAUAAGGCUGUCUGCAGUUUGUAACUUGAAUACACGAUGCUGGAACAGAGGUGUCAACUACAUCUGCUUUAAUAAUUUAUACUUGGCAUCAUACGCUGUCAAUAAUAGCUUUUACUAGAAAUGAGCACACAGAAACACACGAUAGAUUGUAUCUGAUCUGCAAAACUAAAUCGCUUUUAACAUAUCUAUUUGGUUUUAUUUUUAAAUUGUGUGAAUUUUUUAAUAUGCUACACAUAUAUUUAUAUAUAUAUAUAUUUGUAUAAUUCAUCAAAGGCAACGUACCCAUAAAUUACUACCAACAGCUAUAGGGAAGAAAAUGUUCUCAUUUAAUGGUUACUCCAAUAAAAAAAAAAAGUAUAUUGAGAAAAUAGCAGAGAGGCCAAGUUCUUUUCUCAGACCGAUCCUUCUAUGCUGAGGUAACUCCCCGUAUCACUGAGGACGGAUGAAGAGGAAGGGCAGGUUGAAGGUAGGACAGAGGUGGUAAAGAUGGAAGGUGCCUCCACUGGAUGCCUGUCACUAGGAACCCUUGUUCCGGGCUAGCUAAUAAGGCACCAGUCACACUGCCGGAGGUGGAGUUACGCUGUACAUGCAGACUCCAUGACCACUGAAAUCAAUAAAGUGGUCUUGGUGCUUUGAGUAACCCUUUACCUAAUUGACUACCAAGCACUUUUUGAGUGAAAUUUUUUUAGCAUAACAUUCAAGGGAUGCAUAAACAUCAUAACACAGCAAUCUUUUUCCAUGGAUUGCUUUGUAAACAAACAUAAAAAUUAUGUAAAUUGACACCAUUUAUAUAUUUAACUUAUUUGUUCUUUGUAAAAAUAUUUGGGAUAUUCAAGGCUUUAGACAGUAUACAGUGUCCUUAUGUUGAAAUGCUUCAUACAUAUUUCAUGCCCACAAGUAAGUCAGAUACGGUUCUUUGAUGUUCACUGUUCUCGCACAUUCCAUGAGAAUGUUGAAUGGCCUCUGAUGCUUCUCAUAAAGAAGCAAUGGAUUUAAUGCUUCACAAAGAGAAGGAAUGGAUUCAAUGCUUCACAUAGAAAAUGAAUGGUUUCAAUGCUUCAGAUAGAGAAGGCAUGGAUUCAAUGCUUCAAAUAGAGAAGGAAUGGAUACAAUGUUUCACAUAGAAAAGGAAUGGCUUCAAUGCUUCACAUAGAGAAAGAAUGGAUUCAAUGCUUCACAUAGAGUAGUAAUGGAUUCAAUGCUUCACACAGAGAAAGCAUGGAUUCAAUGCUUCACAUAGAGAAGCAAUGGAUACAAUGCUUCACAUAGAGAGGGUAUGGAUACAAUGCUUCACAUAGAAAAGGAAUGGCUUCAAUGCUUCACAUAGAGAAGGAAUGCAAUGCUUCACAAAGUGAAGGAAUGCAAUGCUUCACAUAGUGAAGGAAUGCAAUGCUUCAUGUAGAGAAGGAAUGGAUUCAAUGGUUCAAAUAGAGAAGGAAUGCAAUGCUUCACAUAGAGAAGUAUUUGAUUGGAUGAGUGCUGCAUUUGCCAAGCACAUGCUUUUCAUCCUUAAAACUUCUGGUUGGAUGAAAGUUAGCAAAAAGCCAUCAUCCCUGACGAUGAGAAAAGAAGGGGCUGUGGCAACCAGGGUGUCUCUGAGCUAGAAACAAGGUGAGAAAAAGCUUAAUAGCUUUAGAGAUUUUUAUAAGGAUAAAGGGGAGACAUACAUUACUCUAUAAUGCCAGGGAACUUAGAGCCCUGAAAAAAAUUAUAUUAUUUUCAGACUACAGUUUCUCUUUAAAAUUCACUUUGAAUUCCCACUUUAGUAAAUAACAUGGAAGGAUUGUGCUUAACUGCUCAACUCUGUCUAUAUUAUCACUAAACAGACAACUAUAAUCUGUAAAUAUCAGUCAAUGCCUCUACGUGAAUUGGAUACUGUAUGGCCUUUUAAUGGUUAAACGUACAAGUUACAAGCAGUGGUUUUCACUCAUGCCAUAUUUGAUAGCCUGCUGAAGAGUAUCACUGCUCGGUGUGACUUUCACAAGCUCUCAGUGUCCUGUUCUUGUCUUACAUACACAUCAGCACCUCUGUGUGGAAUAAUAGGACUGACCUCAUGAACUUCCUCAUCCAGACUCUGUCUCCAGCAGCACAGAGAAGCACAGGACACAGCUCAUGAAGGUAAGUCCACCUGGGACACAUCUCAAUGCAUGCAGUCUAAGCAAUAUACUCAUCGCACAGCAUGUUUGUCAAUAGAUACACUCAUGCAUUCACAUGUGUAUGUGUUUUGGACAGGCUACUGGCUCACGUCCUGCAGAUUAUGGACUGAAUUCUCUUAGCAGAGAGUCCUACGGGAAAGAUAAUAUUCAGCAAGCUCAGUAAACCCUUACAUUGCAAAGAUAUCCAACUAUAUGUAUUUGUAUUGUAUAUGUUGAUAAGAUUCCAUAUUACAAUGGUAACCAUAUUUAGUAAAGAUAUCCUAUGCCUUCUCUCGUUACAGGAUCACAAUGUACAUUUUCUCUUUCUCUCUGCCUCUAUGUGUGUGCCUCUUCCCCCUCUUUCCUUCUUGUUGUACGCUCAGUCUGUCUGUUCUAUGUUCUACCACUCUUUAUUCUUUCCUCUGUUGCCUAUUAUCCGUGUUGCCGAAGCUUUCUGCUCAUUCUUCCCUCUAUUUUUGCCAAUCUCAGUGUUUUUGUGACUUGAGUUCUUUCUUCGUGAAUUGCUCAGAAACAAAUUUAUCAUCUUCUCUAGUCCUACCCCCCCUUAAUACUGAAUUCAUUGACCUCUCUAGCUGCUCCUUGCAAUCUAUACCACCACUUCACACCCUGUGGAGGCUACAGACAUUACUUCUAGCACAUAACAACAUAUGGAAGGUGGAAACUGGAACUUGGGUGGGGCUGCAAAGCAUACAAAGCCUGAACCUUAAUGGGAACAGAAUACGAGAGCUGAAUACCAGUUUCUCCUGGGGGUUAGACUCCCUCACUCACCUUUUUAUUUCUCAUAACCAACUGCACACUCUGCAAGGACUCAGCUUCCAGCACCUUCGGAGUCUGGAAAUCUUGGAUUUACAAGGAAACUUAAUUUCAUCCAUUCAGUCUGGUUCCUUGCGACCCCUCACCCAACUACGCCAUCUUCAACUUCAGAACAACUUACUUCAGAGUUUGCAAAAUAAUGACUUCUCUGUGCUGCAAAAUCUAGAAUUUCUAGACUUGUCUGGAAACCUGAUCCAAGACCUACCACCAUGGGUAUUUACACCUCUCCACUCGCUCAUUUUCCUUAAUCUACAAAACAACCGGUUGCGCCACCUCCGCUUUCAGACAUUACGCAGUAUCCCAGCUCAAGGAACAAUAAUAUUUCUCUCACAGAAUCCAUGGGAAUGUGACUGCGAUUUACAGCGUGUGUUUGGGAAGUUGGGUGGGGUACAAAGGCUUAAUCUGCAUGAUAGAGAGGAGUUACAUUGUGCAGAACCUCUAGCUCUUCGGGGGAGGCACCUGAUGUCAUUGGACACUCGGCUCUGUGUAGCUGAAACAGUAACUGUUCUGGUUAUCACUUUGACUGUAGUUGUCACAGUUGUUGGAGCAAUAGUCACGGCAGAGAGGACCCGGAAAAAGAGACCGAUUAGCC